CUGUUUUGAGACUGUCCAUCUGAGGCUGAAAAAUGAGAGCACUGAUCAUCUUCCUCCUCCUGACCACAAGCUUCUUUCAAAUCUCACAAUCUGUGCAGGUUACGGACAGUGGGUACAGUUUCUCCCUGGAGGCAGUGAAGAACCUGCAAAAGCUUGUGGAGAAUGACAUGAGUACAAACCCACUACAGACCUAUGGUGACGCAGCGUCCCUUUGUGCCGACCCUGACCUGCCAGGAGAGUUAAGGGUGCUGUGCGGAAAAGAUGAUGCUGACAAAGCCUUCCAACGUCUGGUUAAAAUCAUCAGUCCUACAGAUCCCUGUGAGAUCUGUGCCAACGUGGCCUGCACUGGCUGUUAGAGCGGACACACUCCCAGCAUCCCAGAGUUCAUUUCUACAUCCGUGCCAUCAUAUGUACAUAUAUCUACAGAAGAGCAGGUGAAAUAUAACAGGGAAG